AUGAACAGUCUUCAAGAAAGAAUAAAGAUUAUAAACUAUGCAAUUACGAUUUCAAAGAUUUUUUAUUAUUCCUCAAUGUUUGAAGGUCUUAGCGCGCCCUACCCUGCUCAUGUAAAUGAUCAUAUAGAAAGUAUUCAAUCAACUGGAAUAAUAGAUUACUUUUUCAACAAUCACCAAAGCAGCUCCAUAUUUCGAGAACAUAAAAUCGGAUUUGUUUUUAUAACUCAUCUCAAAACAUUAGAUACUAUUAAUACUCAACAACAACAACAGCAUAGUUCAAAAGAGAGAAACCAAAAUAUUAUUAUUAUGAUAGAAUUUUCAAUUUCGUAUUCACCUUAUUUAAAUAUUCUUUAUAUAUUCGGAAGAUAUUGGGAAGUUUAUAGGUUUAAGAAGGAAUCUUUAGGUUUUUUAGCUACUUUAAACAUUAAAAGAAAACAAUUAGAUUUAGGUCAAUGUAAUACCGAUCAAGGAAAUUCAGUAAAAUAG